AUGGUUUGUAGACUACAUAGACUGACUAGAGAGAACUUCGCUACUCUUCUUUUCGGCUCCAAUCCUGCAGCUAUCAACCCUGCGAAACCGGGCCUCGGCUCUCUGGAGCUUCUUUCUGGAAGUCUCCCAAAGACUAAAGUACCCGAUGACACUAAUUUGAAAGCGGUGGCGAAUAGUGUGCUUAAAACCUUCCCCGGGCUUGAAGAGCAUCCUUUCACGGACGAUGCUCUCUGGCGCGAUACGUACGCCUUAACGGGAACCAUCCGGACAUUGUACUUUGGUGCCUCCGUCGCAGCGGAAUGGAAUACUCUCAGCGAGAGCCAUGAAGUGUCGUCCGCCACUUUGGUCCCAAGUUCUACAAAUGCCAUCAGUGUGGAUGCCGACAGCUCGUGGAUUGAUUGCAGAAUCACCUUCAGCUCAUCCCAUCCAGCAGCUGAAUGCUACGGUAUAUUUUCGCUCGUCCUGUCCAAGGAUUGUUCGUGGAGAAUAUGGUUCAUGAGGACUAUUCUUGAACAAUUAAACAUUCCUGGCGGUUCAGAUCUACUCAAGCCUUCUAAUAGUCUUAUCAAAGGGCACACGAACGGCAAGAAUUAUUCGUCGAGCAACACUUCCAACGGUCAUUUCAAGCGAAAUCGUCUUCCAAAGACACUGCAACAGCAUAUACUCAACCUCAUUUCCAGGCGGUGGGCAAUGUGGCUUAAGCACUGGAGGCGUUUGCAAGCCCUUGGCGUCUCGUAUGUUCGAUCAAGAUACGAGUCGGCUCGUCUGCACACCGUCCGAGAGACCAAUUUACCCUUGAAUAGAACAUUUGGGCCGGAAUAUAGUGACUACUUGGGUAAAGAUGAACUGGCCAAGGGCCAUAAGCAGUGGGCAGAGAAAUAUGACAUUAAUAUUUGGCUUUCAAAAACGGUGGAAUCUGGCUGUUGGGAUGAAGUCGUUGGAGUCUACACUCUGAACACUUGCAAAGACCGAAGAUCGCUCCAGAUUACUACCAAGCAUGUCGUGAUGGCGACGGGCGCAGGUUCUCAGAGUCCCCUAAUGCCCAAUGGACGGUUCAAAGGCGAUUUGCUACACUCUGCCGACUACUCAUUGGCGCAAGUCUGGGCUGGCAAGUCCGGUAUUGUAAUUGGAACCGCCAACACAGCGCACGAUGCUGCAGGUGAUAUGUAUGAAGCAGGCAUGCAAGUUACCAUGGUUCAGCGGAGUCGCACAUUUGUGCUCCCAGUUGAGUUCAUCAAAAAUCGUUACGAUGUCUUGUAUAACAACAAGAUCCUAACUGAAAUCAGCGACCGAGGCAUGAUCAGCAAUCCUGUGUCCAUAGCUCGUCGAUUUUCGGCCAAGACAUUCCAUACAAUAACACGGGCGCAACCUGAAAGACACGAAAGUCUGGAGCGCGCAGGUUUCAAGGUUGACCCCUUCAGUGACAUCCAGGACGCGAUCAACAUCCGCCUAGGUGGCCAUUAUAUCGAAGUCGGGGCUUCAGCCAAGAUCGGAAAACGAUUGAUCAAAGCGAAUUCCGGUGCCGCCGCUGUGCGAUGCACAGAGAAUGGACUAGUUUUUUCGGAUGGAACCGAGGUCAAAGCCGACGUGAUUGUCUUUGCGGCCGGCUUCAUUGGGAAUCUUCGCCACCACGUCGAGAAGAUCUUCGGUAGUGAAAUCGCAAAGAAGGUUGGGACUUGUUUCGGUAUAAAUCCUGAGUGCGAAGUUCUUAGAGCCUUCAAACCAUUGGAGCAACCUGGACUAUGGUACAUUGGUGGUGCACUUGGCCACGCUAGAUAUUAUUCUCGUUUCAUUGCCUUGUCGAUCAAAGCCGACGACAUUGGCACGCCGCUCCCGGUCUAUCACGAUUAUCAGUAUUUAGCCCAUUGA